AUGUUCAAGGCCGCAUUCCCCUACGCCCAAGUCGAAGAGGAAACAAGCGAAAAGGAUUACAUCAAGAGCUUGGACGCAGCCUCGAGCGAAGAAGUGGCGGGUAAUGUCUGGAUCGACCCCGGAAGAGCACUCGACCUGUCCAAGGAAUACGGCAUCGAACUGUGGAUCGCCGCACUUCUCGACCCGGAGCCUAUCACGCACGGUACUAGCGAUCCUAAGAAGGGCAUCAAGUCUCCACCGCCAUACAGCAUGGAGAAGGGCAUCGCGAACGGCGUUGGUCGCACACCGGAGAAGACGCCUGCGAAGGGUGGUCGCGCCGCAGCUCGAUCGACAAGAGGCACGCGCGGCCUGCGCUCCGUGUCGCCAACACUCGAGAAGCCAAAGCCAGCAGGCCGCAAGGUUGCGAGCCCGGUCAAGAAGUCAACGCGCGGUCGCAAGGCCAAGUCGACCGAGGAAGAUGACCCGGCCAAGGAUGAAGAAGCGUCCGUGAACGGCGACAAGGAAGAGACCGUGAGAGUCGAGGUCGAGACCACCAAGGUACCCGACGAGAAUGGCGAGGAGGUCAUCGAAGAGACAAAGGUCCGUGUUACUGCGCCAGCGAAUCACCCAGAUCUGCCACCACCAAAGGACACCGAUGCGAUGCUGAAGCAAGCGCGCGAGAUGGUGGAAGCAGCCAAAGAGGUUGACGGUGUUAAGAGCCGGAAGACGAAGAGAAAGGCGGAUGAGCUUGUUGAAGAGACUGAUGAGCUCAGUGAGGAGCUUAGACCGGCGAAGAGAAUCCGACCAAUUGAGGUUGAGCUACGAAAGGAGCGGAUCAGGCGCAGAGCCCUCACUGGUAUUGUAGCCAGCUUGGCGAUUGGAGCCCUUAUACCCACCGUCAUGACCGCCUUCGGCGCAUGA